AUGGCAGGCGAAGCCUACGAAGAAUACUUUACAGAUUUCCAAACAAAUCCUCAACAUUGGAAUCUUAUGGAUUUUGAUAUAUGGGCCUCUACAAAUAUCACAAAUUCCCAGCUUAAAAGUGCUCAUCAAGCCUUUUACAAAUUUUUGAAUACUGUUAUCAAAGAGAAUACGUCUACAGAAGAUGCAAUAAAACAUGCCCAACGCCUUGUGGCUACAAAGAAGGAGGAUACUAAAAUGGUAAGGCCUCUUUGGAGCAAUUCAGCUAUCCUAACCGUGGUUCGACGUGCAACGAAUAUUGUCAAGGCUCAUACUGAUCUCGACAAAGUCACUGAAAAUCGUGUGAACACGCUUGUGUUUGGUCACAAAAGAAAACGAGCUGAUGAUGAUUCUUAUGUGGAUGUAGAUAAUAACCCCUUUUGGGUUCAGAGGGAAGAGGAUGAUGUCAACGAAGUCGAAGAAAUGAAUACACCAAGAGAUAAUUUGCCUGAAGCAAAAAGAAGAGCCCCGGUACUGUUAACGCCACACAAGCCAAUCCUUACUAAGAAUGCAUUUGAAACAGCGUGUUCAAAUUUGGGUGAGCCACUUGCGAAAUGGCUUCGAGAAGUUCUCUUGUCAGCCAAUCCAGAGGAACUGCGUGAACGUUUAAUGCAACCAAUAAAAGGAAAUGGUUUGAAGAUAACGGAACGGGACGAAAGGCUACAUGUCGUCUUUGAAACGACACUAAGAGAAUUUUACGCCAUGAUAAAAUACAGCCCUGGGCAUAAAGUUCCAUGGCACAGUUCCGAAAGAAAAUUCCUAGUUGAGCGAGUGAUAACGCCAUUCAAACUCGCCGAAUAUAUCUUCGGGGAUGUGUCGACUUAUUGGAUCGAGAAAGAAAUAAUGUCGACAAAGGCUGCCGAAUUUAUAGACGACCCAUCAGGCAAUCUAACUCGAAAGAAAGCUGAUGGAUUGGCCAUAGAUCUUGUAUAUAACGCGGAUGUUAUGAUAAUGGAAUCAUCGGGCGGUCCGCUACAACAAGAUCGGAAACAUACGCAAGACGAUUCCGUUAAAUUAACCAAUGGCAGCGUUUCCAUUCUCCUUGCUUGCCUCCGCAAGUAUCUUGGGGCCAGUGCCGAGACAACCAAAAAGUUGAAAACAUACAGUAUUCAAGUGAUUGAGAAUCGGAUUACAUUACUAGAGACAUCACUUUACAGACCGCGAUUGUGUAAGAUGAUUGAGGUUAGAAAUGGGGUUUUUCCUUUCGCUUUAUCCUCUAUAGGAGAGUACAUGGGUGUUUUCGAGCUUCUCGCAUGCUACGUGGAUGGAUUAAUCGAACGUCGUAAUGUCAUGCGGGAGUUAUCUAAUGAGGUUAACGGGGUGAAAAAACUAAGUUCGGAAAGCCUGAAGGCCUGGUGGAUCAAAGAAUGA